AGUUUGUAAAAUAGCCUGGGCCCAAGCCUCUCCUGAGAGUACAUUUGUCAUCUAUGUAAAACUGUCAGAUUAUGAGUGGGUGGCAGUUACACAGAGAUGACAAUGACUCCUCACUUGAGGGCAGUGAAGAGGUUAAAAUUUAGCAGAUGGGACAGAAGGAUGAGGAAAUACGAUGUGACCAGCUGGCUAUCUGAGAAGCACCAGAGGAGCGGUGACUAGGACCUGCUAUCUCGGUUGCAGUUGGAUGAUCUCUGGACGCAAGGAAGAGAAAAUUGACAGUAAGAGUGUGUCCAUGACAUGAAGCCUCAGGCUGGUUGGCUUGUAUUCCUUGUCCUAAGUCUGGUUUCUCUUUGCCUUCCCAUCCCUUUGCGGGACUCCCUGUUGGAGCAGGAGAAUGUCCGCCGGACCGGCGGCAACCUGGUGCUGGGGAAGUGGGAAGAGCAGAUCAAUGAGUAUCUAAUAAGCCUCAAGGAGAUGGAAGUGGCCAAGGCCCGGAAGACUGGAUAUUUCCCACCAAGCAUGCACUUCUUCAGGGCCAAAGGCUUCAUUGAUCAAAGUGCAGUGUUCAGCAUCUUGAAACGUAUGCCAAAAGGUGCUGUCUUACACCUGCAUGACUAUGCAAUAUUGAGCGUGGACUGGUUGGUGCACAAUGCCACCUACCUACCUGACUGCUACAUCUGCUUCACUCAUGUGGGUACUGUUCAGUUUAGGUUUUCCAAGCCUCAUCCACCCAGCCCAGUGCCGCCGAACUGCUCAGAGUGGGUGUUGCUAGAGACUUACCGGAAGCAGCUGCGCAACAUCAGUGAGUUUGAUAACAGUUUGCUGAAGAACAUGACCCUGGUGACUGACAACCCUGAGUUGACAUACCCAACACAGGCUUUCAUUUGGAGAAGAUUUGAAAAUGUCUUUUUCACUGCUUCUGGCCUUAUCUGUUAUGCAUCUGUGUUCAAGGCCUAUUUCUAUCAAGGGCUGUUGGAGCUCUAUGAGGAUAACAUACAGUAUGUCGAGAUAAGAGCUCUACUGCCACCGGUGUAUGAACUGGAUGGGACCCAAUACAAUGAAUCCUGGUCUGUGGCAACGUAUCAGGAGGUGACAAGGCAGUUUGUUAAGGAUCACCCUGAUUUUAUUGGAGCAAAAAUUAUAUUUACAACACACAGAAAGCAGAAUGUUACCAAGAUUAAAAAAGCCAUCUAUAAGGCCAUGGACCUCCGAGCCACGUUUCCGGACACUCUGGCAGGAUUUGACCUGGUUGGGUUUGAGGAUGAAGGACACUCUCUGUGGAACUUGAAGGAUGCCCUGACCAUUCCAUACUCCCUAGGAGUCACUUUGCCUUACUUUUUCCAUGCUGGUGAGACUGACUGGCAGGGCACCUCUGUAGACAACAAUGUGCUCGAUGCUUUGCUGUUCAAUACCAGUCGGAUUGGCCAUGGAUUCGCUCUCAUUAAACAUUUAGUAGCCAAGAAUUUGUCCCUUAAGAUGGAUGUUCCUAUAGAACUCUGCCCAAUCUCCAACCAGGUCCUGCUGUUAGUAUCGGAUUUGAGGAACCAUCCUGCUGCUGAGCUGAUGGCAGAGGGACACCCCAUGGUGGUUAGUCCAGACGAUCCAUCUGUCUUUGGAUCAAAGGGUGUGUCGUAUGACUUCUAUGAGGUGUUCAUGGGCAUCGGCGGGAUGCACGCUGACCUGAGAACUUUAAAACAACUGGCACUAAACUCUCUAAAAUACAGCUCCUUGCUGCCAGAGGAGAAAGCCCAGGCCAAACGGGUCUGGCAGAAAAAAUGGGACCAGUUUAUAGCUGACCUCUCCAACGCUUUUCCAAGGGAGCUGUAGUGGGGAGGAGGCUCCUCUCUGAGAGACUGUCUGUACGGUGGAAGGAACCGGGACGACUGCUAAUACAGAGAGAAUUCUUUUUCUAUGUCACUUGAACAAACAGCGCUCAAGCUAAGGCUUGGAGCCAGGUGAUUUUGGCCAAUUAUAGUUAAUAGCAAUCGCCCAUACCUCUAUACAUUAAAGUCUUUGAGAGCAGGUGAAGCAGAGCAGUGAGCCUUUAAAAUAGAAGCAAAAAGUGCUACAAAUGACCAAAGUAACUAAAGUCAAAAUACCAUUAAAAUCCUGACGUGCUUACUCACUUUUUAACUAUUGUGAAUGGGAGUUUUCCCCGAACAAGGACUUAAUGAUUUUGCCUCACAUCAUUAUAAAAUAAAUAUCUUCUCAGGAAACAGCUAGUGCAAACAUCCCACCAUCUGAGCCCAUUGACUUUCAGGAGGGCAAGGAUUGAAAGCGAUUCUUAUCUGAGAUCAGUGACUGGUUAUGUUUGACCCUGGGCCCGGUGCCAAAAUAGUACUGCUAGACUGAGGAACCAGGUCUAAGCUUCUGACAUCUCAAGAUGUAAGGGCUAGAAACAAGCUGAUGGACCUGUACAAAUGCUUUUAAGACUUAUAUACUUUGUAAAGCAGUGAUCAGCAAAGAAUGCAAGCACUGAUUGCUGAAAGAAUAUGCACUUCACUCUGGAACCUACCAUUGUAGGGAUUCCAAUACACUUUUCAACUGGAAAAGAACCCCUGAUUUCAAGAGGUAUCUCUCAGAUCCAUAUUAAAUAAAGCACCGAUCCUGCACUGGAAUCUACUAGUGCAGGCCUCUGCACCCAUGUGAAAUCCUCUUGAUUUCAAUGGGAUUCAACAUGUACUGGCAGAUCCCACUGCAGGAUCUGGGCCCGGUCCCUGAGUCCAUAGCAAUCAGAUCUCCGAUGUAUCAAAGAAUUAGUCCCUUGAUGUGGCUUCAAUACAGUGCCAGUGUCAUUCCCAGUUACUAGCUCUGCAGAAGAAAGACAAAGCAGCAACAGCAUAAUUUAAAUAGUAACUAGAUAGAGUCCUUUGAAAUAACUGUGACAAAAACUGCAGACAGCAUUUCAGAUGGCAACGUAGGGCAGUUUCAAGCCAAAAGACUAAUGAUCACCACGAGCAUGUUCAGAAACAUCUUUAUUCUUCUCCCCAGAUUGGGUUUGAGGAUGAAGGACACUCUCUGUGUAAUUGUCUCUCUGUUCUUCUGGGGAGAGACGGACAGGGUAGCAGUUAUGCUGUAAGAAGCUUGGGCCAGGUAUGAAAAAUCAUCAGUAUCAUACCUAGAAACUACUCAUUUAAAACCCCAGAUUUGUAAGUAGAUCAGAAAAUGUCUAAGAAGAUGCGAUUAGAUUUAUCCCUUUUAUUUCAUUAUGGCUUGUGGGUUCCUCUGUGCUAACCCCAGAUGCUUUUGUUUAGCUUGUAACCUUUAAGCUGGACCUCAAGAAAGCUAUUCUUGGUGCUUAAUCCUUGUAGUUGCUCUUUUAAAAUCUAGCAAUAGCUUGAGUUCCCACAUGUAUUUUCUUUUUUUUUAUUAAUAAAGUUUACCUUUUUUAAGAACAG